GUAACACGGCCGUGGUGUGCACCGGGCAGGCCCCGCGUCUAGCUCUCCGGUGCUGGUCACACGGGCGGUUCCCCGCGGCCACCACGAGCUAGACUCAGGUCUGUUUCAGGAGGAAGACUCCCACCGGUCUUCCCGGUCUCCCCUCCCACCUGCCUCCUGCUGCAGCGCCCUCACCCCUGCCACCGGGAAUCUGUUCUCCGACUCGGGGAUGCUGUCAUUUCAAGAAUGUUCUAUAAAUGGAAACAUACUGUGUGUGACCUUUUGCGAUCUGCUUCAUUCGCUUGGUGUGAUGCCCCAGAGACCCAGCCAAGGCGUUGUGCGUGUGGACGGUUAUUUUUACUGCUGAGUGUGUCCCACGGUGGUCUGGCCGGACCGCAGCGUGUUCGUAGGACAUUUUUGUGGUUUCCAGCUUGCCCGUUCCAAGUGAAGUUGUCAGGAUGAUUGUGCACAGGUUUUCCUGUGGACCCAAGUCUCCAUUUCUCCACGAUGGAUGCCCAGGAGUCGGUGGCGGGGCCGUGUGGUCAGGGCAGGCUCUUCCUGCGGGCUGCUCCUCGGGGCGGCUGCUCUAGCUGGCGUUCCCACCAGCAGCGGGUGAGGGACCGGCCUCUCCACGCCCUCGCCGGCAUGUGGUGAUGUCCCUACUCUCUACGCAGUCAUUCUGACGGGCGGAGGGUCCCUCGGGUGCGCUGUUUGCACGCUGGCGGCCGAUGGUGCCCACCUCCCAUCCGUGCCUCCUCUUUGGCGAGAAGUCUCAUGUCCUCUGCCUGUUUUCUAACUGGCUUGUUUGGGUUUUUUCACUGUUGAAUUUUUUUUCCACUGGAGCUCGCGAAGCCCUGGACAUUUUGGGCCGUGAACGCUGUGCCUUCCUGCCCAGCGGCCCUGCCUUCGGGUGUUGCCAAUACCUGCAGUCUGUGCCGAAGCUGGUUUCAAGCAGCAGGUGGCCCGAAGAGCCCAGAAUUCACCGUUUUCUCCAGGAGGUUUGUGUCAAGGACGAGGACUCACACUCGUCACGAACCGAAUCUGUGUGCGGCCGCGGGGACCUCGCACACCGUGAGCGCGACAGCAGGCUGGAGGGGUUGCAGAUGGCAGGUUCAGAGACGGCGCUGUGCGGACGGGGUUCGAGCGAGCUCUCCACGGGGUGUGAAGCUCUCAAGAUGGCCGAGCCCUCGAAACACCCGUCACCGUGCCGUGAGCUCGGGCUUCGUCCUUCCUGCGCAUCAGCAGAGCCUGACCGGUCACGAGCAAUCACUCCCUCCUCUGGUGGCCGAGUUGUCUGUUGCUGCGAAACAAAAGCUGGCUGGCUUGAACGAGGACACCCCUCAUCUCACAGCGUGCGUCCGUCCGUGAGUCAGGGCCUCGGGAGCUGGGCUGUCUGGCUCAGGGUCUCUCCAGAGGUUGUGGUCGGGACGUCGGCCGAGGCCCCGGUCACCUGCAGGCUGGACGGGGGCUGGAGGGUCCCCAAGUUGGCCCGCUCGCACCGAGUCGGCGGGCGGCCCCAGGUCCUCGCCCCGUGGACUCUCCCGGGGCUGGUCCCCCCGGGGCGAGCCGUCCGCGGGGGACACAGGGCAGCUGCGUGAACCGAUCUCGGGUGGAGCACACGCUGCCCUUGUCGGCAGCGCGUCACCAAGAAGAUCCCGCACCGGAGGGGAGAAGUGUCACAGAAUGUGGGGACAUGACCGAAGCCGCCGCGUCCCGUAUCCGGAGGGGAACGGUGCCAACAGCAGUGUGUCAGUCACCUCCUGCUGACGGGCAAAGCCCAAGGAGAUGACACAUCCCCCAGGGCCCUUUCUGAUCCGUAGACAGUGGUGACGGUGGACAAAGACCGUGGAAGGCCGCCUGGUGCACAAGGGACCGACACGUUGACCUGGAACUGGUAGCCUCGAACUCUGACUGGGGUGGAGUCACCUGGGAGGUUUUGAAAGGCUGCCGCCCAGGCCCCAGACGGGAGAGCCAGUGCCCUGGUGGCCAGCGGUGAGAGCCCGUCGCUGAGCCCAAGCGGGUGGACGCUGCUUCGGGGAGCCCCGGCCGGGUACGACCUCCUGGGUCGGACCGUGCUCCCCUCUCCCCGGCUGCGUGCCAGACGGAGGCUAUGGUUACCGUCAGGCGUCCGGGUCCUCUCUGUGGCUGCCGGAUGGUCGUUCCCAGACGUGGCUGGAGUCCCCAGGAGCACAGAGCCUGACUGCUGGGCUGGACGCCGGGCAGAGAGGCUGUGGCUGCAAGCUGGGCCUGUGCUCUGCUCUCCCGAUGACACCUGAGUGCUGUCUGGCCAGCCCGUGUGGUGACCAGGUGGCGGCCGGGUCACUGCUUCUACACACUUCCCGAGGUCAGUUCUUGGUCGGCAGCCCUGCAGCCCCCCUAACGCACCAGCUUCUGCCGCCCCCGAGGCCCUUCUUUGGCGGCUCCUUUCCUGAGCAGUUUGGACAGCCUGAACCGUUCAUGUUGUUCUAUUCUGCCUGGGACCACGGAGCCCGAGGCCACGGGGGUCCCCACGCCCACCCUCUCUCAUCCCCAGGGUGCACUUGGUCCUGGUCCCGUGGCUCAAAGAGAUUCAUUAAAUUGGGGAAUCUUAAUUUCUA